UGUGCAAUAUACAUGAUGGAUUUGUCGUGGUCACGCAGUGAGAAGGCAGAUGCGCCAGCAUUAGUGCGGAAUCUACAAAGUGAGCUUAAUAAAUAUAUCAGGUUGAUGAAAGCAGAUGUCGGUAAACUCGAAAAUGUAAAUUUUGCGAUAAACGAAGGCACCAGAACGCUUCGAGGUAUUUUAUGCAAACAAUGUUGGAAAGCCGUGAAUUCAAAGCACAGUGAGCUACAUUCCAAUUCCGAAUCAUCAAACAAGAGAAAGAAAGUAAAAAAGUUGUCACCGGAACACCAGCAGCUUGUUGAUGAUUUAACUGACAAGUUCUUUAAGCUAGAACGUCAUCAAGAGGAAGUCAGUGACGACGAGGAUUAUUGUACACUACAGGAAUACCAUGCCCAACAAAUGUUGGAACUUGAAAAAAAUUAUUAUAAGGAGUUGAAAGAUCUACAGAACGAAAUGAUUGAAAUGCAAGAUGGAUAUGAAAAGAAGAUACAGGAUAAAGACAACAGAAUUCAGAAUUUACAGAAACAGCUUGAAAGCGAGAUGCGUGGAUAUAAAAACGAACGCGUUCACCUUGAGUCCGAUCUAAAUACAUCGAAGCGCACCAUUGAUAGUUUGAAGAGAGAUUUAAAAAGGAUGCAGGAACAACCAGGAAGCAAUAAUUCAUCCUCAUUUUUUCAAAGAUCUUUUUCAAACAAUAAAGAUGCUGAAAUCAAAAGAUUAAAAGAAGAUUUGUGUUCAAAGGAAACAGCAAAUAAACAGCUUCAGUCCCGAAUCGAUGAAUUGUUACGAAAAGAAGGAAAUUUAAAAGAGAGGACGGAUGAUCAGGAAAAAGAAUUAUGUUCUUUAAAAGAAUCACUGAGUUUGAAAGACGCUGAGCUGCAAUCGACGAAGUCGAAACUCAAAGAACUGGAGAAAGCAAAGAAAAAAGAAUUAGUAAUGGGAUUGUGUAAAGAACGAAGCGGAAUAGGAAAAACUAUGGUAGACAUGGUAACAAGGGAGUUGAAGAGAAGCGUCGGCGGACUGCUUGAUAGAGACAAUAUUGAUCUCUCUAUAAAACCGUGCAAAGGACCUACCGAUAACCCUAACGGACCGCUUUUCGUUUUGUGUCUUCACAUGUCCAGAAUAGGUACAAACAUACAAGAUGCUAUGGAGGGAAUUCAGGCUGCCAAAGGUGUUUUUGUCCUUGUGCUACAUCACACAAGUAAAGACAAUCUCUCUUCAUUGACUCCAACAAGUCUCCGAGUAAGCGGAAGUGAGUACCGACAAAUGGGCGGGAUUAUUGACAUGGCGUUCAGUAGUGACGGUGGAUUGUAUGAGUGUGAGCUCAAUGACAACGCUGUUGAAAAGAUCGCGUCCAUUAUGAAGAAUCAAACAGGCGGUUUGGAAACAGAUACAACGAUGGCUGGUAUAGGCUCUUCCAACGGUGACAAAUUCGACGAGAUAACGGUGAAGGCCAUACGAAACGAAAUGACCAAAUAUAUACGACAUCUUGAAGCAACCGUCGGAAAGCUGAAACGACUACCUAAUCUCGAGGAUAAGUACAAUGAAUUAAAAAACGAGAUAUGGCAUAUGGUGUGCAAACAAUGCAGAUCGAAAACGCUUUAUUUAUCAAGUGAAAAAUUGAAUAAGAUUGGAACGGCAAUAUCACAUCCGCUAAAUGAAACAGAUACAGACAGAGUUGAUGAGCUCAACCAUGAAAUAAAGAUAUUAAGGGAGAGAAUAAAGAAGAAAGACGAGAAAAUUGAAGAAAUGGAGGAAGAAAAGAAAGCCACUUACAAAACUUGCAAAAGGGAUUACACUAAAGCCACAAAAAAGAAAUACGACAACGAGGAGACGCAGGAUGAAUUUCAAGUUCAAGAGGAUAGGAAGGAAGCCCUCAACGAAUUUAAUGAGGAAAAUGAGGAGCAUAGCAGCAAUAUAUCUGAAAUGUCCCAACUUCAAACGGAGAAACAGGCAUCACAGAACGAGAAAGACUCCCUCAACAGGACCAACGAGGAGAUGGCAUCCAUAGAGGAAGGCCUACAGCGCGAAAUUGACAAUCUUACACGACAACUCGAUGACACCAAGGCUGAGCUAAAUACCAUUAAAAAGAAAAACGAAGAAUAUGUUAGAGACAUAUCACAACUACAGACGGAGAGACAGACAUUACAGGACCAGACAAACUCCCUCAGAACGACCAACGAGGAAAAUUCAUCCGUAAUGCGGGAUUUGCGGUUGGACAUUGAAAGAUUGACAACACAAUUCGAUCAAGCACAGACUGAGCUGGCUAACGUUAAAAACGAAAAUGAGGAUAAGUUAUCUACUAUGGAGGGUCUACAGCUGGACCUAGUGAAGCUGACGAGAAAACUCGAUGAAACCCAGGCUGAACUAACUACUAUUAAAAAGAAAAACGAUGAAUAUGUUAGAGACAUAUCACAACUACAGACGGAGAAACAGACAUUACAGGACCAGACAAACUCCCUCAGAACGACCAACGAGGAGAACUCAUCCGUAAUGCGGGAUUUGCAGUUGGACAUUGAAAGAUUGACAACUCAAUUCGAUCAAGCACAGACUGAGCUGGCUAACGUUAAAAACGAAAAUGAGGAUAAGUUAUCUACUAUGGAGGGUCUACAGCUGGACCUAGUGAAGCUGACGAGAAAACUCGAUGAAAACGAGGCUGAACUAUCUACCGUUAUAAAGGAUAGCGAGGAGAAGUCAACCACCAUUGAUGGUCUACACCGUGACAUGGAGAGGUUAAGAGGAGAACUAGAUGCAAUGCAGACAACGCUAGCUGCCGUUCAAAUGAAAAACAUGGAAUAUGGAAGUGACAUAUCAGAACUAGAGACGGAGAAACAAACAUUACAGGGUCAGAUAAACUCCCUCAAUAAGACUAAGGAGGAAAUGUCAUUUACUAUGGAUGGUCUUCAUAAGGACAUCGAAAGGUUGAAAGGGAACUUAGAGAAAACGAUUGCUGUGCUUGCUAACGUCCAAAAAGAAAAUGACAACUACGCUAGAGAUUUAGUUCAGCUUCAAACAGAGAAACAGACUUUACAGGAUCAUGUGUUAAUAACGAUUAUUUAUGUUUCCAAAGCGAAAAAGGAUGAAGAAUUCCACAAAAUCAAAAUGGAGUUGGAAGAAUGUCAGCGCGUUAAAAGGAAAGCAGUUGUGAUGACAUUAUUGCGGAGCAGCCGCAGUGGUUUGGGCAAAACCAUGGUAGACAUGGUUAUCAAGGAGUUGACAAGAUACCUAGAGGGACGAUUCGACUCAAACAGCACUGAUAUUUCUAUUGUACUCUGUGAAACAUCAACGAAUGCAUCGAAAGGACCUUUGUUCGUGCUAUGCCUGAAUAUGUCGAGAGUCGGUACAAAUAUACAAGACGCCCUGGAAGGUACAAAAAGUCAUAGAGACGUAUAUGUCCUCGUACUUCAUCAUACCAACAAGGACAAUUUGUCUGAGAUGACACCAACGAGUCUGCGUGUGACCGGAAGUGAAUUACGUCAAUUAGGUGGGAUCAUUGACAUGGCGUUCACCAGUGAAAACGGGUUGUACGAAUGCGGGCUCAAUAAUACUGCUGUCGACAAAAUAGUAACUGCUCUGAAGAGAUAUUGA